CGGCCGUGCACGUCGCCUCCGCGCCACCGGAUGGCUCACACUUGGACUUGCACCUCCAGCAUCUGCGUGUAACAGUCGUUUGGUUGCUGUGUAGGUGACCGGCUCUGCAGGUCGCUGGCCCCGCUGGACUUAUGUGUUUAUGUCUGGACGCAAGGUUGGACAUCAGGAAUGGGGGCUCCAUAGAGGGCACGACGCACACUGAUGCGCCGCUGAAAUUAGAGCGCGCGCGCGCACGACCCACGGACGAGAUGGACUUAAAGAAGACAAAAUUUGGCAGGUUCAUGAACUGCAGGGUGCCAGACUGUAAGAGAUACCAGCCCACUGAUUAUGAACAUGCUGCAAACUGUGCCACACACGGGUUGUGGAUCCUGCCUAGUCUGGUGGGCGGGUCUGUGCUCUACUUCCUGUCUCUGGACCAAUGGCAUCGUGUUGCUGCCUGGAUUUAUGGGAGCGGCCUCACAGGACUGUUCAUCACCUCAACACUUUUCCACACUGCUGCCUGGAAAAUCAGCCACCUCAGGAGGGUGGAGCAGCAUUUCCACAUGUGUGAUAGAAUGGCCAUCUACUUCUUUAUCGCAGCCUCCUACUCGCCCUGGCUGAUGUUGCGGGAGCUGGGGCCCUGGGCCUGCCACAUGCGCUGGCUCAUCUGGGUCAUGGCUUGUAUAGGAUCCAUGUAUGUCUUCUUUUUCCAUGAGAGGUACAAGCUGCUGGAGUUGCUGGGAUAUGUGGCCAUGGGGGCUGUUCCUGCUUUGGUCAUCCUGUCCAUGGUGGAGCGUGCAGGUGUGUGUGAACUGGCCGUAGGAGGCAUCUUCUACGUUGUGGGGGUGGUCUUUUUUAAGAGCGAUGGCCUCGUCCCUUUCGCCCACGCCAUCUGGCAUCUGUUUGUUGCAGCUGGAGCUGGAAUUCAUUAUUACGCUAUCUGGAGGUACCUGUACGUAUCUGGGCCUCUGCUGCAGAUGUCGAGGUGACCAUUCGCUCUCACCUGAAAUCACACGGCUCCACAUCAAGUGGCUGAACAAGCAACAUGCCAACAUUCACUAAUUAGCACCAAGGACAAAAUACACCUGAGGCCGAUGGGAAUGUUUUGCAGGUGUUUGGUCAUAAACCAGACUGCUGGACAGAUUAAAAGUUUGACCUGAUGGUGGAUUUCUGUCUUUGGCAACACCAAAUGGUAAUAUAAUGGUAACAUCAAAGCCCCUACGGCAACAGCUGAACAUGAAUAGGCUGGGAGCUUCUUUAUCCUGUGAUGAAACAUUUCUCUCCUGAUGGGAUGUGGUCUCCUCCAGGAUGACAGUGCCCCCAUCCAUAAGGCAUGAAGGGUCACCGAAUGGUUUGAUCAGUAUGAAAAUGAUGUGACUCAGACGCUAUGGCCUUUACAGUCACCAGAUCUGAACCCAGGUGACCUAUGGGAGACGUUGAAGCGACGAGUUAGACUACAUCUCCUCCACACCACUUGGAGACUUGGAGAAUCAGUAACAAGGUGCACUGAAGCCGUCCUGGUGACAUGGUGGCCCAGCACCUCGCUGAGACACUUUAGGAAAUUGUUAGCUUUUCUUAGCACUAUAAGAACCUGCACUGAGAAGGGGCUCAUCUUAAUCUGAAAAGAAAAAUAAUAAAUGAGUCUUGAGGUCCUGUAAACUACAGCCUUAAAUAUCCCAUGAAAGCAACUGUAACACAGAAAAACAACUUCUUUUAUAUGGUUGUAAACAUGAUCGUGGUUAAAAGAAGUGACAGUGACUACUGGUUUCAAACAGGAAGCAAACAGCAGUUUGUUUUGGUUUGUUUUUUCUCUUUACACCUCACCACCUGACUUCCUCCUUUGCUCCUGUCAUAAACACUACAGCCACUCGAUGUCCCCCAACAUUAAAAUGUAACCAUCGCAAAGGAGGAAAAACAGUAUAUAAACCCGUCUCAUAGCCAAACAUUAUAAAGAUUAUGAAAAAGGGCCAAAAUGAGAGGAGAAAGAAAAUGAGAGCAAACAGCUGGUGUUGUAAAGAAAGAACACAAAUAGAGAGAAAAAUUACCGGUGGAGCAUAGAAGGAGAACAAAAGCAAGACAGCAACAGAGAAACGGAGACAGAGAGGCUGAACAGAGAGCAGCCAUGAAAGAGACAGCGAGGUUAGCGUCUGCAGUGAUGGUCAAAGCAGCCUGGUCUCAUCUGAAGAUUGUUAGACCGAGCGACGUGCAGUGAUUUCAGUGAGAGAGACACACAUGCACAUUACACAACGCCUUACAGGGUCAUCAGGCUGACAACAAAGUCGCAAAAAUAAUCAGCCAAAAUGAUAUGAACAGAGUAUGUUUCCGAGAUCCCUGCCAAGCCUGUCACUCAGUGAUAAACUAUGUGUCUUAUUUUCUGUUUUGUCUGGUGGCAUCGCACUGUAAAACUGCAUCGGCACAGAGGCGUUCUGUUGCCAUCCAUGUUUUGUGGCUGUGUAGACAUCAGCAUCGCUCUGUGCCAGUCAGUCAGUUCACUAUCUCCACAUGCAACUGGUCAGACUGGCACGAACAUGUCUACAGACCCCAGUGCUGGAGGCUUUUAGAAUCUGACCCUCAGACAAAACUGAGAACAUUUUACAGUUUGUUAAAUUAGUUAUGAAAAGCUCCUGUUUGCCAGACAACUGGCUUCCUUUUCAUACUGAAGAACACUCAAAACUUAAUGAUUCUCAGAAAAGUUCAGCAGUUAUAAAGAACUUCUUGUUUUUAAUACAAUGGGCAUAAAAGACAAUGAUAUCCCUGGGAAGUGUAAGGCACUGAAUUUAAAAAUGUGUGUAUCAUGUCUGCAUGUUCAAAUUUGAAUCACUUAUGAGAAGUGUGGUAGUGGGAACGGGCAGGACCCAAUAAAGAUGUCUGGAGACCGGGAGUAGCUUCGAAGAAUUCUUUAUUUCAUGCAGUAUGGAGAGAAGUCGGACACAGCUUUGCAGUCGCGCAGAGUUCUCUGAGUGACUGGUAAAGGGGCAGUCCCUUUAUACCAAAGUGAUACAAUACACAUCUAUAAAACUCAUACCGUUGUCUCACAUCUAACAACUUGCAUACCAUCUCCAGCUGCCUUUGAGGUCUGCAUCUCUCCGCGACCAGACAGCCAAUUCACAUUUUAACAAAGACAAGUUGGCAAAUUAACAAAUUAACAUCACACAGACACAGACACCCGGUGUAGAUCACAUUCCAGCAGGAGGUGUGAGCUCCGGCUCACCAAAUGACCAGACAUCCACAGAAGGAAUAUGAAUUUUGAGACAAACUGCAGCAAUCAGGGGCUAAGGGCAUUAACGUACCGUAACUGCCUCCAAGAGCUGAGUUUCACAGCCGAAGACUGUGAGUGGACCGAACAAACGGGCCAGACUAUGAGAACUAAGUUCCCAUUGUUUCAGAAUAGCUGCUUGCAACUGUCACCUCCAGUAUCUCUGCACCUUGAUCCCCAGUUUUAACACCUGCUCCACCACCAGUGGUCAUUUCUGAUUUUUAGUGAGAAUCUUGGCAGCCGUUGGCCAGAUGCCAUGUGAACAUUCACCCAGAUGAACCUGGUGAUUCCCUGACUUCUUCUUUGGUGCCACUAAGCAGGUGAAUGUUUUCAUUUCCUCUCAAUUUCACAAUGAAGCAUGACUUUGGUGAUUUACUGAGGUCUAUACUUGUGGUUUUAUUGAAAUAUCUUGACAACCAGUGGAAGAAUUACCAUGAAAAUUUGCUUUGUGCUCCCCUCAGGAUAAAAUUAUUAACUUUGCUGAUCUGAUGACUUCUCACCUAGCAUCAUCAUUAAUAAUGAAUUUGUCAUUAAUUGGCCCACAGCGCUAAUGACAUUCCCAUCAGCCUCAGCUGCACUUUGCUUUUAGUCAUAAGCUGCAUUUCCACCAGAAGGUCCCUGGUAGCUUUUAUUCCAAAAAACUAAUGUCCAGGAACUGUCCCUGGGGUAAAAGUCCCCCGAGAACAUCACGAUAUGCAUUUCCACGUUUCAUCAAAGAGGGUACUGUGGAAUAUUAAGUUGUUUGAGUCACUAUAACUGAGGCACCAGCAGUUUUAUAUAAAGUACUUAUAAGGAAUAUAAGUGAAACUGAGGCACCAGCUGUGUUUUAUAUAAAGUACUUAUAAGGAAUAUAAGUGAAACUGAGGCACCAGCUGUGUUUUAUAUAAAGUACUUAUAAGGAAUAUAAGUGAAACUGAGGCACCAGCUGUGUUUUAUAUAAAAGUACUUAUAAGGAAUAUAACCUUCUUUAAAGAUAGGGUUGUACUGGACUACAUUAUAUUCAAAGGCGUUCCUAAUAUUCUGACCCUUUUAUGUAAGUAGCUGGGGAGGACAAAAAUCUAGAGACACCGCUGAACUUCAAACUUGUUUUAUAUGUUUCUUUUGAUGACGAAUUGUACACAAAAAAUAUGUGAACCAACAUCCAAGUCUGGUCGACUGAUGGAAUACAUUACAAAUGAGAUUAAAACAAUUAAUCGAAGGGUUGUUUAAAGUUGUGCCACUUUGUGACAGCUUAUAAAUGCAACUAUAAGUUUCUAAAGCAAGCUCAGGCGAGCCUUCAUACAGCACUCUGUCGUCUCCCACUCAUUCGGCCACUGAAGAUGUUCAGUCCUCUCUGUGUCCCUCACAGCAGCCGUCUGCUGGUUAUUUUCCUUUUUUAAAUUGCUAAGCUCAGCCUGAUAGGAGGCUCUGGACUUUUCCUCCACCAGAGAGUUCUUCUCUUCCAUUAAGCGACCGUGCUCUGUCACCAGAGCUUCUGCCUAUCUGAGGACAGUGCCAAUCCUUUUGGUCUCCACUCUGUGUUUUGCCAGCUGAGCUUGCUGGGAGGCCUGGGAACUUCUUGCGGCUAAUGUCUUUGCCUCCAGUUCCUAUUGAAGGAACUCUUUCUCCCCCUUGAGGAACCUGAGUUUGACUUGCAGCUCCUGGAUGCUCUCGGUCUGCUCCUCAGUACUCAGCUUGUAGGACUCAUUGGAGUCUCUAGAUUUCUGUAUUUCAUCCAGCAGAAAGGUUUUCUCCUUUUGCCAUUCAAGGCAUUCCUUGUCUAUCUGUUCAGUGACUGUCUUUAAAGCAGCUUUAAAUGCGUGGCUCUACUUUGUUUGUAUGUCCAGCUAGGCGAGACUGAAAGCUCUGGAUUUCUCCAUCUUCUGCAGGAGGGAGGAUUUCUCCUGCUGCCACUGGAGGUAUUUGUUAUCAAGCUGCUCUUUCACUUUUUUUUAAAUUGAAACAAACACAUUAACAAAACAGUACCGAACAUGGGAGACAAGACAACAG